AUGAGCCUCGCGACGACGAGCGUCAGCUCGACAACGACGGCGGCGCCCAUCAAGAUCCCUCGCAGCGCGCACGGCUCGCCCUGCGCGCUCCCCGUCUCAGCCCCACCGUCCCCUCCUCCUCCGCCUUCCCCCGCCUCUCUCUCGCCCUCGCACCUCUCGAAGCCCUUCCACCACCAGCCUCGUCCCACGCACCUCCUCCGACGUGCAACGACGCUCCGCCCACCGCCUCAGCAAACCCGCCCCAAGUUCGACCUCGAGUCGUCGUCCCCGCUCUCGCCCUCGGGCGCCGACAAGACGCUCCUCCUCGCGCGCCUCGAGCGCGCCAAGAGCACGCACGUCCUCCUCCGCGAGGGCCAGCCGGCGAGGCCGCUUACGUCGCGCGAGCUGAGGAGGCUGCGCCACGAGGAGGCGGGCGAGAGCAGCAGCACGGCGGGCGGCGCGAGCGGCGAGGGAGGAGGGACGACGGGCACGGAGGACCUCGAGGAGGGUUCGACGCCCGUGUCGCUCGCGUCGACGCCGUCGGUCCAUGUCCUCGACGCGACCCUUGAGCAGGUCGAGCACGUCGAGCCCGUCGAGCGCGUGCAGGACGAGGUCGUCGACCCGAGCCGCGAGCUCGUCACGCUCUCUUCGGCCGCCGGCGGCCACUCGCUCCCCUCCAUCUCUCGCCGCGAUACCCUCGUCCCCUCGUCGGCGGCGUCUCGCCCAUCCCGCACCGCCCCCUUCCCAUCCCUCCUCUCUCGCCGCGCUCAAAGCUCGACGCACCUCGACCCGGCGCACGCCCAGGCGACACCGCUCCCGAGCCGCACCUCGCCGUCGACAACGUUCGGCGGGCACGUUCUCGCGCUCAAGCUUGCCGAGGCGGCGGCGGCGCAGCAGAGCCGCCAGAGGGCGGGUCCAGCCCCGCGCAGGUCGGCGUCGCCGGCGUCGCCGGCCGCCGGGCCCGGCCAAGGUCCGGCGCCGUCGAGCUCGACUGUCGCACGCAAGAAGCAGCUCGGCAAGACGCGCUCGCUGCCGGCGGCGGCGCAGUCGGCGCCAGCGACGCCGUGGCUCGGACCCUCGGCCGGCUCGCGCUCGUCGACCGCGCCCAUGCCGCCGCCUUCCUUCGUCUUCCCUCCCGACUAUCGCCCUCACGCACGCGCACACACGGCCACAACCUCGUCGUCUCGCGCCUCGUCCUCGUCCAUGUCGUCCUCGCCCCAGUCGUCCCCGCUCCUGCGCCCCGUCGUCGCCGCCUCGGCCGGCGACCCCUCGGCGCUCACGCUCCACUUUGCGCGUCGCCCCGACAUGCCGCGCAAGGGGAGCUUGGGCGAGAGCUGGAGCCGCAUGUGCCUCAGGGGGGAGCAGCAGGGGCGCGUGAGCCAGACGGCCAAGAGCGUGUUCGGGAGUUGGGGGAGCGGGGCGGCAGCCGCCAGCAUGGUGCGCGGGGCGAGCGACGCAGAGGCGGAGGAGGAGAGCGGCGAGGGCGAGAGCGGCGCCGAGGGGGACGACGAGGAGUACGAGCGGUCGCGCGUCAACGCCUCGGAGCUCUCCGUGUUCGCGUCACCCCGCUCCUCCUUCGCCUCCUCCUUCUUCACCUCGCCCCUCUCGCGCUCGCGCUCCCUCUCCUCGACUCAAGGCGACGACGCCGGCACCCGCACCCCGUCCGCCUCGGCGCCCUCGUCGACCGCCUCGCCCACCUCGUCCUCGCCGCCCAAGCUGCCUCUCCCGGCCAAGCUCGGCGGCUCGGCGGGCCCGCACGCACCUCGCGGGCGGUGGGAGGACAUUGUCGCCGCGAGCGAGCCGACGCUGCUCCCUCUGCCGGCGCUCGCGCCGGUCCUCGGGCCCGUGCACGCGGCGCAGCCGAACGCGCUGCUCGCGGCCGGCGCUGCGACGGGCCAGGCGCAGGGUCGUGCGCCCGUCGGCGGCCUCGAGAUGAAGAAGCUGCGCGCCGAGCAGGCGGCGAGGAGGCUCGCGGCGCUCGGCUCGAAGCCGAGUGCGACGAAGGGGCAUGACGACGCCGAGGGCGCAGUGGACGAUGUUUGGGAGAGCUCGUCGUCGGCGAGCGAGGAGGGCGGGCCGGCGUCGUCGGACGACGGCGAGGAGGGUCAGGCGGGGCAGGGGGAAAUGAGGGGCGCCAAGGAGCGUGGGCUUGUGAGGGGCGGUGGACGGCGCCAGACGCUUACGCUGCGCAGGGGCUGA